AUGGAAGAGGAGAUGUUGGCUCUAGAACAUAAUGAUACAUGGGUUCUAAUGGAGUUGCCUGAAAAUAAAAGGCUAUUGGGUGGAAAUGGGUUUUCACAGCGAAGUGAUGAUGUUGGCAUUCAGAGUUUGAAAAACUUUUUGGCUUCCAAAUUUCACACAAAAGAUUUGGGCACUUUAAGGUAUUUUCUGGGAGUCGAGGUUUCUCGGAGUAAGAAAGGGAUUUUUCUCUCUCAACGCAAGUAUGUGUUGACCGAAAUGAGUCUAAGUGAGGCUAAACCUUGUGACACUUCUAUGGUUCCUAAUGUGAGAUUGAAUGCUGAGGAUGAAGAGAUGUUUGGUGAUCCAGAGAGAUACAGACGGAUAGUUGGAAAGUUAAACUACCUUACAAUAGCCCGUCCAGAUAUUGCAGUUUCAGUGAGUGUGGUGAGUCAAUUUAUGUCAUCUCUUAGGACAUCUUAUUGGGAUGCGGUCUUCCAUAUUUUGAAGUAUCUAAAAGAAGCCCCUGGACGUGGAAUUCUUUACAGUGAUCAUGGUCAUAAUAAGGUAGAAGGUUUUUCAUAUGCGGAUUGGGCAGGAUCCUCUGUGGAUAGACAGUCUGUGACUAGGUUUUGUGUUUUUGUUGGAGGAAAUCUUAUUUCUUGGAAAAGUAAUAAGCAACCGGUUGUAGCUAGGUCAAGCGCAGAGUCUGAGUAUCGAGUUAUGGCACAAGUUACGUGUGAGCUUAUAUGGACAAGACAUCUUCUUAGAGAAAUUGGGUUUGGUGACCCAAGGACUAUGGACUUGUGGUCUGACAACCAAGUAGCCAUACAUAUAGCAAACAAUCCAGUCUUUCACGAGAGGACUAAGCAUAUAGUAGUGAAUUGUCACUUUGUACGAGAGAAACUUGAACAAAAGCUAAUUGCUACUAAUCAUGUUAGACCAGGGGAACAACUAGUUGGCAUCUUCACGAAGUCUCUCGUUGGUAAAAGGGUAACCUAUAUUUGUAACAAGUUGGGUAUGAUAGAUAUAUACGCUCCAGCUUGA